AUGUCUUCUUUCAUCACCAAGACCGUUCUCGCCGCCCUCGUCGCCGCUGCUGGCGUUCGUGCUCACGGCCACGUCGAGUCCAUCACCGUCGGCGGAACUGAGUACGAGGGUCUCAACCCCGGUGCCGCUGCCUUCGAGAACCCCCGCAAGGAACUCGCCGCCUGGUUCGCCACCAACACCGACAACGGCUUCGUCGAACCCUCUGCUUUCGGUGAUGCCGAUAUCAUCUGCCACCGCGGCGCCGAGAACGCCGUCAAGUCCGCCAAGGUCAAGGCCGGUGAGAAGAUCACCAUCAAGUGGGACACCUGGCCCGAGUCUCACAAGGGCCCCGUCAUCGACUACCUCGCUUCUUGCGGUUCCGGUGGCUGCGCCAAGGUUGACAAGACCAGCCUCAAGUUCUUCAAGAUCGCCGAGGCUGGUAUGACCUCUGGUGGUAAGUUUGCCUCCGAUGACCUCAUCGCUGCUGGCAACACCUGGGAGGUUACCGUCCCUACCUCCAUCAAGGCCGGUAACUACGUCCUCCGUCACGAGAUCAUCGCUCUCCACGCCGCUGGCCAGAAGAACGGUGCCCAGAACUACCCUCAGUGCUUCAACCUCGAGGUUGAGUCUGAUGGUACCGCUGAGCCCGCCGGUGUUGCUGGUACCAGCCUUUACACCGAUAGCGAGAAGGGUAUCGUUUUCGACCUGUACAACAACCCCACCAGCUACCCCAUCCCCGGUCCCAAGAUGAACAUUGCUGGUGGUUCUUCCGGCGCUGCCCCUUCUACUCCCGCUACCCCCACCACUGGCUCCGGCUCCGACACCCCUUCCAACACCGCUGCUCCCGUUGAGUCCGCUCCCGCCUCUUCCGCUCCCGCCGAGUCUGCCGCCCCUGUCGAGUCUGCCCCCGCUGCCGAUAACGGUAACCAGAACAACGGUGGUGCUUCUCCCGUCGAGACUGAGGCUCCCGCUACUCCCCAGCCCACCAAGACUGGCUGCAAGGCCAAGAAGGCCCGCCGCCACGCUCGUGACAUGAUGAACUAA